AUGGAUGAGCUUUCAACACUGCAAGCAUUCAAGUCGCUGGCUGAAGAUGGUGUUGGUUACUCCACGUUGUUACAGGACAGAUCCUGCCUUCAAGGCCUUGUAGUCUUGCUGUCGAACCCUAAUCCUGAGGUGGUCAUCACAAUACUUCAGACUUUAUGUCAGCUCUGUCGGAGACCCGGUGGUCCGUCCGUACUGAAGACUCUCUUAGGCUUGUCAGACCAACUUCAAGGGCUCUUGAAAAAAGAUUUCGCACAAACCACCGAAAACCAAAUGCAGCUGAUCAUACAGUUGGCUAGGGACGUGUACAAUUCUGCAUUUGGUGUCAGAACCACUACUAACGUGAAUUCUCCAAACAGUCGGCCAAAAAACGUUGUUCUGCGAUUGUACGGAGUUCACAGCGAGGAUGACGCGGAAGUGGUUCGGUCACAACUACUCAAAGUUCGUGGAGUGGUUAGCAUCACAUUUCAGUUGCAAAAGCAUCGUGUCAUUGUUUGUACCGUUCCCCAACUGGAUCCAGAAUGUCUAGUUCGUGCUGUGCGUGCCGCCCAACGCCACCAACCCUCGUCUACCGAUUCCCCUUUGGAUCAUCCUCAUCCAGCGGUAGAUGAGAUCAAAGCGCGGAUUGUGCGGAAACGUACCGUCAUCCAUCGAUCGGAUUCAGUGACGAGGACCAAAACACCGUCCACGAAAUGUUCCGAUCCCAAGCUCACUGCACCCGUCCCACUACCACCCUAUUUGGAGGAGACAGCAGAUCUUUUCGAGGUGGACGAGAGCAGAGCAGCUCCGAAAAUCAAGAACCGCAUGUCUAUCAGUGGGAACGACCCGCGUUCCAGCGGACCGCUGGACUGGCUGUCGGAUUUUCUGGAGCGAUCAUUCUUCUGGUGAACGUGCAUGCAUGAAUCGAACAAGAUUUAUUUUUGUACUUGUAGAUUUGACCGGUGAAUAAAUUAUAAACGAACACUUGUGGCCACAUCUGGAAUCUAU